AUGGAGGCUGAAGGCAUCAGGCCACCCAUCAUGAACGGGCCCAUGCAUCCCCGCCCCCUGGUGGCGCUCCUGGACGGGCGAGACUGCACGGUGGAGAUGCCCAUCCUGAAAGACGUAGCUACUGUAGCCUUCUGUGACGCUCAGUCCACACAGGAGAUCCACGAGAAGGUCUUGAACGAGGCUGUGGGGGCCCUGAUGUACCACACAAUCACCCUGAUGAGAGAAGACCUGGAGAAGUUUAAAGCUCUCCGCAUCAUCGUCCGCAUAGGCAGCGGUUAUGACAACAUAGACAUUAAAUCUGCUGGAGAACUCGGCAUAGCUGUUUGUAAUAUGCCGGCGGCCUCGGUGGAGGAGACGGCCGACUCCACACUCUGCCACAUCCUCACCCUGUACCGACGCACCACCUGGCUACACCAGGCUCUGCGCGAGGGCACCAGGGUUCAGAGCGUGGAGCAGAUCCGGGAGGUGGCGUCGGGGGCGGCGCGGAUCAGAGGGGAGACCCUGGGACUCAUCGGGCUCGGGCGGGUGGGGCAGGCUGUAGCCCUGCGGGCCAAGGCCUUUGGCUUCAAUGUGAUUUUCUAUGACCCCUAUUUGGCUGAUGGGGUAGAAAGAUCCCUGGGACUACAAAGAGUCACCACACUGCAGGAUCUGCUCUUCCACUCCGACUGCGUCUCCCUGCACUGCAGCCUCAACGAACACAACCACCACCUGAUCAACGACUUCACCAUCAAACAGAUGCGUCAGGGGGCGUUCCUGGUGAACACGGCCAGGGGGGGUCUGGUGGACGAGAAGGCCCUGGCUCAGGCCCUGAAGGAGGGGAGGAUACGUGGCGCUGCUCUGGAUGUCCACGAGACAGAGCCUUUUAGUCAAGGCCCGCUGAAGGAUGCCCCAAAUCUGAUCUGCACACCACAUGCCGCCUGGUACAGCGAGCAGGCUUCCCUGGAGAUGAGAGAGGAGGCAGCCAGGGAGAUCCGAAGGGCUGUGACAGGCCGCAUCCCGGACAGUUUGAAGAACUGCGUAAACAAAGAGUUCCUCACCCAGAACAACCACUGGACUGGAGUUGACCCGGCUGCCGUCCACCCUGAACUCAACGGCGCGUACAGGUAUCCCCCCGGAGUGGUGAACCUGCCCGCCGGGGGCCUCCCUCCGCCGGUGGAGGGUAUCGUGCCUAGCGCCGUCCCCAUGGCGCACGCCCUCCCGCCCGCCGUCACGCACCCCCCCCACGCGCCGUCCCCCGGACAGAACACAGUCAAGCCUCCAGAGGGCGACAGAGAGCAGCAUCCGAACGAGCAGCUGUAGCCCCCCCCCCUCCCCCGCACGGUUCCACUCCCACACCUGUCGACUGGGCAGAGGGUGUCACAUUGAUAGGCUUCCAAACGGAAAGCUGUUAUCAGACAGGUUCGGAUUGGAUUCUCGACUCUUUGGCAAUUACUUCCCCAACAGCCAGGUCAUCCCACUCCAAAGAGUAAGAGGAGGAGGAUAAUGAUGAAGACAGGUGGAUAACUGUUAUCAAAGAGCAAAAACAGUACGCCGCAACCCCAACCAGAGGUUAAUCUGCUGAUUACAGGUUGAUCUUCACAUUCUCUGCCAGAGUAAAAAAAAAGAAACAAAAAAAGAAAAGUAAAAAAA